GUUUGGCCACAUAUUUUACAGCUCACACGCUCGCACCUUGACUCAUUUACCGAGUCUGUGUCGUUCUCCACUGCCUCCGUAACGAUUCAGGGAUUAUUACGGAAAUUAUACUGGAUUACGUUUCAAUACAGAGUCGUAUUUGAAAAGGAUCUCGGGAACUCAUCUCCAGUAGCAAUAUCCCAACAUGGGCCGCCUCAAGUCAUUCUUCUUUGGCUCCUCCCACGGUCGUCACAAGUACAACAAGAACCCGCCUCCAGACACGGGCCCAGCCUCCCCUGGCCCCUCCGCCGAAGCCAACCCGUCGUCCUCAACCUCCCAGUCUCCCGCCAGUACACCCAAGCGCAACAGCCGUCUGCGUCGCUCCCUCAGCAUGAAGAAGCUGCGCAGUAGCUUCCGUCGGAAGGAGCACGCCCACGUGCCGGCUGCCAGCAAGCCCCACCAGUGGCAGCAAGAUGAGAAGCUGGUCAGGGCUGGCUCCUGUAAUUUCCCCGUCAAGUAUCUUGGGUCCAUUGAGGUUACAGAGUCUAGGGGGAUGCACAUCUGCGAAGACGCUGCUAAACAACUCCGGGCGAACACCAAGAAGAAAGUAAGGGCCAUCUUGUGGGUUUCAUCCGAUGGACUGAGAGUUGUAGAUGAAGAAAGCAAGGGGUUGAUCGUUGACCAAACUAUUGAGAAGGUCUCCUUCUGUGCUCCAGAUAGACACAACGAUAAAGGCUUCUCCUAUAUAUGCAGGGAUGGAACUACUAGAAGAUGGCUCUGUCAUUGUUUCCAUUCGCUUAGGGAACCGGGAGAGCGGCUGAGUCAUGCUGUAGGGUGCGCCUUCGCAGCCUGCCUGGAGCGCAAGCAGCAGCGGGACAAACUCUGCGGCGUCAAAGUGGAGUUUGACGUCAACAAGACCAGCUUCACGCGGCAGGGUUCCUUCCGACAGGCCACCAUGACGGAGCAGAUGGAGGAAGCCGCAGCCAGGGAGGAUGAGAAAGAGAACCAGGAACAAGAUCUGGCCGGUCCAGCACCCAACAUGCCCUUUGCCAGGCCCCGCCAGCACGCCUCUGAGGCCAUGCUGAUGCGCCAGGGAUCCUUCCGCGGCUUCCCGAACCUGAACAUCCAGUCGCCGUUCAAGCGCCAGCUAUCCCUGCGGCUCAACGAGCUGCCCUCGACCUUGCAGCGACAGCAGAACGUGCUGCACACGCACCCUGAAAUGCCUUCAGAAGAAGAGACAAUUGAACAACAAAGUGAAGCCUCCCCGCUUGGGACUCCAACCAGUCCAACUGCCUCAACGUCAUUCCCGCAACAACAGCAACAGCAACAGCAGCGACCAGUACCUCAGCAGCAGCAACAGUCAUUCCUCAAACAGCAGCAGCAACAGCCUUCCCAGGUCGUGAGUAUCUCGGCCGCGUGCCAGGAGCUUUCGGACGGCCUGUUUGAGUUGUCCAGUAAGGAGGGCUACCCAGCACAGCCUGCCCAACUGCAGCAGCAGCAGCCGCAGGUCAGGAACGUCAUGCCACCAGCUGCAGGUGCCAUCCCGGCCCAGCCAACCACCGCCUUGCAGCAGCAUCCUGUGCCUCAGCAACCCAUGGUGACCACACGGCACCCCAUGGCAACACAACAAGUCCUUGCACAGCCAGAGACCAACCCUUGGGCUCCCCCACCCCAGCCCCAGGUCGGCCCCAAUCCCUGGGACCCCGCCUCGGCGCAGAUGGCCGGCCCCAACGGCAUCUCUCAGGCCGAGAAGUGGCUCAAACAGACCUCUCAGACGGUCUCCACCCCCUACGGAGUACCAGCUAAGCCCCCGGGGCUGGGCCCAGCUGGAGAGCAGAGGAUGGGUCCAAACGCAGCGGCAGUGUCACCUGUUCAGAACGGCUACAGCAGCGUGAGUCACCACCACCAAGGGAUCCACUUGCAGAACGCGACGUACGAAGCCCAGCCCAUGGCCCAAGUCCCAGCGGGAAAUUUCAACAACAGUGCCACGGCACCUGUUUACAUCCCCAACCGGCCCCAGCAGCAGCAGCAACCCGUGACCGCCGGUGGCAACGUGGGCAUCAGUGGAGGCUGGACGUCCGAUCUGUCCAGAACAUUGCCCGAUUCUGGCGCUCAGGCCGGCACAACCAACGGUUACUCCAGCUCCUUUGAAGCCAGGUGGGAAUCCCUCCCCAGUAACCAGACACCCGUCAUGGCCAAUAAUCCAUUUGCCAAUGCCACCAAGGCGUUUGAGAUCAAUCUAUGAAAGCACCCAGGAUGUAUUCCCUAAAAAUCCUAUCAUUUUUCAGCCGCACGGUGCGAGGGAUACAUUCUGUUCUCAUUCUGUACGAUAAACUUUUUUCAGAUGGGAAAAGUUGCGGUGGCUGUUUGUGUAUUCCUUUAUAAGUAGUCUGUCUUCAGUUCAAAAUCAGUCUUGUAUAUGGUUAUAAAUCUGUCCCCCAAAAUUAGUUGCUGUGCUGAUUGUUGGAAAAAACUGGAUACGGAAAGGUCUUGACCCAUUUUCUCGGUGCUGCUAAGUUCUCUGCCAUGUACUGAGCAUUUUCUGCUUACAUUGCUUACCCUGAUAUUCCAUGCUAAACCCUAAGUGACAGGAGUAUCUACACAUAAUCCAACAUAAACUUUCUUACAAGCUCACCAUGCACAUAUCAGUCGGGGAACCAGCCACAACUACAUACAACAUUAUGACAUAUUUGGCUGGUAACCUGGUUUUGCUUAGCGAGAUCCUGAUGUGCUUAGCAUUUCUGUGAAAUUGGGCUGACGUAGACCGUUCCAAUCCAUUUUUUUAAUCAGAAAUAUCUUUUCAAGGUAAAUAAUUAGUUGUAAAUAACAAAAAGUUAUUUUUAGAAUGUGUACAUUGAAAACCAAAAAUUUUAAGAAAAAUUAAUCAGGUGAAUUUUUAGAAUAAGAUAACGUUUGACCUGCUCGCAGAAAAUGAGAAUGGAGUUUGAAAUAUAUAUACGAUUUGUAAUGAUUUAGCUCUUGCUCUUUUGCUGGCAUUUGCAUCUUGGAAAAUCUUGGGUUUUUUUUAAGAACUGCUCUCACUGACCCGCGGCCUACAUCCGGGUACUGGAUAUUCAGCAUCGCCAUUGUAGUAGGCAAAGAUUGUAUAGCGCUGCACACAGUAGGUAGUAGGCAAGCCUUCAAAGCUGUGUUAGAUGGCAAAAACUGUGAGAAAAAUGUGGAGCCAAUACCUAGUGGUUGGGUCGACACGAUUAUGACAACCGUACACGGCACAGGUACCGGUCGUGACCAUUAUGCCAUUUGAUAAAGAACUCGCGGUUGUUUUACAUGAAAAAUAAGCCCUGCUCUGUAGCUUACAUAAUGCACGAUGUGGUUGCUAACCAAACGUUUGCCUACUGCAAUGGUGGCCAAUCACGGGGGAAAUCGUAUGGUCAUGUGGUGCUUUGACUUCAUAUGAUCAGAACCUAUUAUUCGCUUUUAAUCAUUUUAUUUCUGAGAGUAGGUCACGUUAACUGUAUCAAUUAUGAUUUUCCUCUUUUGUAGGAAAAGGUAGUUCCCUCUGUGCACCAAUGAUAUGAGUAUUGCACUCCAGUGGUGUGUGUCAUUGUGUUUUAUAUGGCGUGUGCCACAUUUGAUCUCCUAGGGCCAGAAUCACAUGGGUUGUAUUAUUUCCCAUCUCAUAUCACUGUAAGAACGGUCUUUAUUCUCCUUAAGUGAGUAGUAUUAUUACAAUAUCUAUUUCAGUAUCUAUCACACAUUUUAACUCGUACCUUAAAUUUGUUUAUAUGCUUUAUAAUUAUGUGGUUGUCAGUUCUCCUUGAAUUGUAGUCGGUAGUUAUAAGUCAUAAUCACAGUACAAAAAAUUAUCUUGACCUACUAUCAGGUGAAUAUUUUUUAUUAUUAUUUUAAAUUUACAGAUGAAAUUUUAAACCUCUGCUGUACUGUACUAAACACGAAUUAAUUUUGAUGCGUUAAAGCAUGUUUAAAACUAGUGUGCAUUUUUGCUCGGGGGCAGUGACAUUGUAACAUUCAUGACGGAGCAUUAAAGAGCUCAGUGAAUAAGCCUGAAAAUGUAUUUUUCAAAUCUUAUACAUCCAUCAUCUAUAAAUAUUAAUGGUCAAGGAGAUUACAGACUAGGAGUUUUGGAUCAUUUCUCUGAAUCAUGUAUUAGGUAUCAUGGUUACUUGGCUCUGUCACUGACAUUACAUUUCCUUUCGUAACGCUGGAAAUUCCCCGUGUUCUUUUAGGGUGAUCUGGUAGUGGCCACAUAGUAUUGACUGUCACUGCAGUAAAAGCUUAUGCUUCUUUCCAUGUCAAUUUCCUGAGGGAGGUUAUUGCACUGUGCUGAUCUCACUUUGUCUUUAUUCACCCUUUGUGAAAUGUAGGUACUGUUGUUAAUAGCAGAGAAUCCUGUGUUUAUCAUGACUGUCUGAUAGGAUCGGGGCACAAUGGAGUACCGAAGUGUGACGUCAUUUAGAACCAGAAAGUGUAGUGCAAACGAAUGGAGUAAGCGUGCGUGUUUGUUCACUGUCUGAACCUCGCACUAAUGUCUUUCACACACAUGACGUAUCCACUUCGGUACUCCAUUCCAUGGAGCAAAUUUUUUUGUGCUGAGCAAACAUUUUGGCAGAAAACCAAUCUCCAGCAAUAUUCAUUGCAUGAUACUACGGCCGGUAACCUAAGACAACAUUUUCUGUGCUAAGCAGGGCCCAAUUUCAUGGCUUUGCUUACCGUUAGCGAACAAUUCCUGCUUAGGAUAGCAGAAAAUUAUGUGCUUACGGUAAGCGUGUUUCAGAGGUUAGCGAGGCAUUUUGGCAUCUGCGCAUGCGUACAUCCGGUAAGUAAGGAUUCUGUGCUUACAGGGUUAGCGCAGAAUUUUUCUGCUAGCGCCGUUAGCACAAAUGUGACCGUAACUUGGUAAGCACGGAAAUAUGUGGUUAGCAGAACCGUAAAAUUGAGACCUGAUCUGUACAGAUCACAGUUAAAUUGGUUUUGAUUGUGGUCACCAAUCACUCGGUAUCAUUAUCCAAUGAGUGUCUAGCUUUAAUAUAUCUUCCCUGCAAGCAUCAGAGACAGAUUGUGAGCUUCGAGACAAGGCAGUCCCUGAGUUUCUCCAUCUGGACAUAUGGGAAGAUGUAUUGAGAUACCAUGUGUUUCAAUCCAGAAUUUGACAGCUGCACAGACAUUUUUUUUGUCUACGUACCGUAGCUAUGGACUAAUUUGUGAUGAGUCAUUACUUCACACCCAGGAGGAACGGUACAGCAGUCAUGGCGCCGCUUAGAGCACGUUUGGGCGAGGACCAUUACUUGACUAGUAGUUGAUUUGUGACGUAUUUUACGCCUGCGCACUUUUAGCAACGUGCGAACGUCCCUGCUGUUCAUUAUGAUGCGCUUGGCUAUGGUAACCAGCGGUGGAACCGUGACUCGUGGUUCCGGUUCCAAAUAGUCGACUAGAGUAGUCCACCUAUCCGAGGGAAGCUUGUCGGACUAUAGUUAAUUAUAGUUCGCGCCCGAACUUGCUCUUAGCAAAAACCAUUGCUCAGCAAAUUGAAGUGCUCUGGGUAGGAUAGUGUUGCAUGUAAAAGAGCCACUCUUUUUGCAAUACAUUCAGCAAGACUUCAAACCUUCUCACUUCCAAUUUGAGCAGAUAGGCUUCAUACAAAUGAACCCAAUCUGAAAUUUAUCACAAUAACCCCCCCCCCCCCCUAAAAAAAAAAUAUACAAAACAUUGUGAUUGCAAACAAAAUAGUACUGAAAUGAUGAGCCCUGAGAAAGUUAAUUUUAUGUAUUCAGUUUUUAGUAGCCGAUUUUUAAAUUUGUAUUUUAAAGACAAAUUAUUUGAGUUUAUUGAAUGUUUCAUUGGUAUGUGUGACAUUGGGAUAAUACCUAGUUGAUAAUACCAGAAACUGAAGAAACAACAGGUGUUUAACUUCAUCGUUUUCAGUACAUUUUU